CGGCGGAGGAAUGCGAAUAUCGGCUUCGCCUUUUCACAGCACCUGUAAGCGCCCAGGUACGGGUGGAAGAAAAAGUCCUCUUCUGCACAGCAGCAGAACCCAAAAACCAAGGACACCAUUGCAGCUUCAGGCCCAAAAAGUGUAAACAACAGAAAGUUGAGGAGAGCAGUCUGGGAGGAUGGGACUUCAUAACCUGAAGCUAUAAUUGGACAAUUAACCCCAACAUGUAAAUGGACCGAAAUUUACAAAAGUCUGAAAAUGUGUGAUCCAUCAUCCAUCUUGGGUGUAGCCUCAGCCAGGCUCUUGUACUGCCCAAGGUGUAUUCUUUGAAGGCCUUUUUAAUAAAUACCAACUUCAUUCCUGUCCUGGGGUGACUUUAUGAUACUGGUAUCCCCAAUCGUCUGGUUUAUGUUAUAUAUUAAGUUCUGCACCUUUAAGGCUGGCUUUGAGAGCAAGAGAGGGGGAAGAAGAAGCGCGCAGUUUGUGUUAAAGAAAAACAUCACUCCCACACAUCUCGCUCCUGGACUGUGGUGUCUGCAGCACGGACAGACAGCGGGACAGAGCUUCUCUCUGGCUUUUAGUUAGUUUUAGCUAGCUGAAGCAGAAGAGUUCCCUGGACCUUUGGUUUUUUUCCAUUUUUCUUGGAUCUGUGCAAGCCUGCUCUGGACUGAACACCCAGCCAAACCCCGGGAGCUCACGCCUGUGGCCCACCAGGGCCUGGGCCUCGGCACUUUCCAGCGCCGGAGGGACUGAUAAGAACCUGAGCGAGCUGAGCUACAUCACAUGAAAAGGACUUUUCUUCCUAGACUUGCCAUCCCAUCGAACAGCAAGAGGUUUUAUUAUUUAAUAUUAUUCAAUUUUCUGUUAAAUAAACAGCUUCUUCCACUUCUCUCCAUGGAAUUUUUUUUUUUUCCUUUUCCCGGACCAGUUGGUGGGGAGGGGCAUUUCCCUGGGGAAAUCCCCAUUUGGAGCUUUCCUCCCUAAUUUGCCCUAAACUAGGACAAAUACAGUUUUUGGCGCCCAACGUGAGGCAAGAGAAAGUGGAAAAACCUGUACUGAUUGUUGGUUGUAUUUUUAGUUGUAUUUAUUCUGUAUUGAGAUAAAGCAGUCAGUAGCCAUGUUGUUUAGAUACAUUGUAUCUCUCAGGGUAGAGGCCUUCAUGUAGAUCUGGUCCCUAGAAUUUUUUGAGGUUUUAAUACCUGUCUUUGCCCUCUUUCACAGUAGAGAGGCACGGAUUAGAAUGGUUAUUGUGCUGGGCUUGGUGAUAAUGAUUCAUAGGAAGUUCAUAGAACGACUGAAGUUUCUGUCAGGUAUGUUUGGCUUAUGGUUUCUUCGCCCGACCCUGCCUCCCAGUCCCAAUAGCACAUUUUGGGAGUUUAUUAGUAAUUGUACCCAGUUUGUUAGAGGAAGACCAGAGGAUGAGGCUUUUCAGCCUUUUCUUUCCUUCUUCUCCUUUGAAUCUGUUAUGUCCCUCUUUGAGAAUAUCCAGUUUCCCCUGAAUGUUAAGGAUACCACUUUCCUAGUAGUUCAGCUGUUAAGCUUCCUCUAUACGGUCUGCAGCUUCUCUAGAGUGAGGGCUGAGAUAUCCAGAGGAGCCAACGAGACCCCUGUCCCAGAAGUAGACUCAGGUGUGAGAAAUCCUGAGUGGUGUAGAGAAUGGGAGAGAAUUGGCCAAACUCUGAAGGAAUUUUCUGAUCCCCCAGCCUGGGAAUUUUCACUUGAACAAAUUCAGAACCCAGAUGAAGUAAGGAAAUAUCUGGAAGAGAAUUGCUGUGAUGAUUCUAAGAAGAAAAAUAUCAUUGCAAUAAGCUGGGCCCUAGCGUAUGCUUAUCACACGGUGCUAGAUACUAUAGGGCAGGCAGAUAAAUCAGCAGCUACCCCAGUCACUCAGGCUGCAGCCAAGCUAGCAGCCAAACCAGACAGUGAGCCUAAGCCAGCAGCCAAACCAGACAGUGAGCCUAAGCCAGUGGCCAAACCAAACAGUGAGCCUAAGCCAGCAGCCAAACCAGACAGUGAGCCUAAGCCAGUGGCCAAACCAGACAGUAAGCCUAAGCCAGUGUCUGUUGCUCCUACCACGAGAGGUAUGAAAUUCAAAACCAAAACCGAUCGGCCAGUAGAUGAUGAUAAUGGCGAUGCGGGGGAAGGACCCUCAAGACCAGCAACUGAUCAAAAAUCAGAAGGCACUGGUGAACCUUUCUCCCUGAAAGACCUUCGUGGCCUGAGAAAAGAUUACACUUGACGACCUGAUGAAUCUAUAAUUAGUUAGUCCGUCUGUGGGAUGCUGCAGGUGAAGCUACAGUUCUGGAUGGCACUGAAGCGAGGCAUCUGGGGUCCCUGUCACACGAUCCGGUUAUCAAUCAAGGAAUGAUGAAGGGGGCUGACCCUUACAGUCUCUGGGAACGGGUCCUAAGAAGUGUGGCACAAAGAUAUCUGUGUGCAGAUGAUCUCUAUAUACAGCAAACUCGUUGGAAAACCAUAGAACAGAGGAUUCAGCGCUUGAGAGAAAUGGCAAUAGUAGAGAUUGUCUUUGUGGGUGACUUAGGUACUAGAAAUCCAGACUUGGUGCCAUGUACAUCUGUGAUGUGGCGAAAACUUGUUCGACUUGGGCCACAAGAAUACGCUUCUGCUUUAGCAACAAUGAAGCAAGAUGACCGGGAGGAGACUGCUGGAUAUGGUGAAGAAACUUCGAGCAUAUGCAGAUACCAUGCAUGGCCCCAUACAGGCAACAAUUGCAGCUGUGGAAACACGUAUGCAAAACUUCCAAGACAAAAUAGAGGAGAAUCUCAAGAAACUCAGGGAGGACCUUCUUCCAGUCUCGGCAGUACAGACCAGGAGCCCUGGUACUCAACGCAGAAGUUCCCCAGAUAGAGAGAAAAAGCUACGAGCUGAGCUGUAGUUUUUCCUACAUAACUGUGGAGAAAACAUGAAAAGAU